AUGAAAUUAUUAGACAACGCAUUAGACUAAGACAGCACUGAUGUAUACUAUGAAUCAACUAGCCGAUAUUUCUAAUUAACAUUAUUUUUAGGAGCUUUGGUAUCUAAUAUAAUGUUUGGAUUUUCAUUAUCUCCCAUAACAAAAGAAAUUUCAACUAUUUAUGGAGUUUCCUAAACGUAAUACAUAUGAUAGAGAACAUAGGUGGCUCUAAUUGUUGAGUGUGAGCUUUACCCUAUUCUCAGCAAUUAUGAUUAUUCCAGGAAAUAUUUUAAGCGAAAAAUACGGAAUAUAAUAUAAUAUUAAAUUAGGUAUAUAUGGCAUAAAAUUAUUAAGGUUGCCUUCUAACAUUUAUAGGAUCAUUAAUGGCAUUAUUAGUUAAUUAUUCAUUCUGGUGGCUCUAUCUUGGAGAAUUAGUAUCUUUGGUAGGAUUUCCUUUUCGUUUGAUAUCUGCAUCCAAAUUUACAGCUAAUUGGUUUUAUCCAAAGAAUAGAAUUAUUAUUAUGGUUAUUAUUGCUCUUCUCUUCAAUUCAAGCACUGGAAUAUCUAUAAAGAUACCCUUAUUUAUAUUUGGUGAUUAUGAUGUUGAACAAGAUGCCUUUAAUAAUUAUUCCUAAGGUAAAACAUAUGUGUUUUAAUUAAUGGCUUUUUUAUCAGGAAUUAUGUUUAUUACAACAGUUCCAACUUUAUUUUUCUUUAAGGCUAAACCUAAACAUCCUCCUUCUUAUAGUGCAUCUGAAGUAUAUAUUAAUUAAUUACAUUUUUAGUAAUGUGUUAGGGAGAAUUACACAAAAGCAGCAAAAUUGUUAAUAAAAAAUUCAGAUUAUUUGAAAUUAGCAUUUGCAUUUUCAUUAAUAUUGGGGCCAGUAUUGUUACUCACUGUAUAAAUGGAAUUUGUUGUUAAACCUUUUGGAUAUAAUUUGGAAUCAAUUUCUAAUGUUAUUUUAGUAGGAGUAAUAGCAGGAUUAAUUGGAGAUGUUGUAGUUGGAUCAUUUGUGAAAAAAUUAGGAAGAUAUAAAAUGGUAUUGUAAAUUUGUAAUGCAUCAACUACUUUUUUUUAUGGAUUCCUUAUAUUGAGUUUGGUUAUUAAAGCUCAUUGGUUAUUUUAUAUAUGCUAUUUCUUUGUUUGUCUAUGUUCGAGUAUUUUAGCUUUAACAUUUGAAUUUUCUUGUGAAAUCAGUUUCCCAGUAAGCGAAACAUCUACUAUCGCAUAUUUAGGAUUGAUUGGAAAUGGAUUUAACUUUUUAUAAGCUAUCCCUGAAAUUCUUAUACUUUAGGUAAAUUAUUAAAGAAAUUUAGAUUGGCACUGAAGCCUCUUCGAUUAUUACUUUGAUAAUUAUGUUUGGAAUAGGGUUAUUUGGUAAUUUUAUUUCCUAUUCUAUUAAUGAAAAGUUGAAGAGACAAUAAGUGGAUAAUCUUCAUGAUACAAGAUAAAACUUGGAAUCAUAAUGUGAUACUGAUUGA